GUACGGUUGUUACGAACUGAUUUUUGACCCGCGUCGUUUGAUACGAAUAAACGCCGCCCCAUCCAACGCAACGUUGGCCCCACCGACGGCCGCGGAAGAUAGCAGCGUGCACUUACGGCGCUGGAAUGCGUGCGGCGCCGCCGGUUUGGCACGUUGCCAGCGCCGCCGGCGAGCAGCGCGCGACAGCCUCCAAGAUCUGCGUGUAUCGGAGGCCGGAGUGUGCCUUUUGCUUUCUCUUGAAGAUUACAGAUGGCGCUGGCCACGUUUUUUUUUUGUUUUCUUCUUUCUUCUAUGCGUGCCGUCGGACGGAGUGGUUGUCGUUGCUGUGCUCGAGCCCGCGUUCUUGCUUUGUUGUGAUUGUGCCUUUUUUGCCGAGUGGCAGCAAGCUAUGUCUCGCAAGCGGAAAGCCCUCUCCUUUAAGGAGAAACUGGACAUUCUUCGAAAGGUCGAUGAGGAUCCCAAAAGAAAACGCACGGAGUUGGCUAAGGAGCUAGGCCUCGCAACGUCGACAUUAAGCACAAUUGUUGGACAGCGGGACUCAAUAAUGAAGAAUGUGCUUUCAUUCAACGUCAACGCGAGGCAAGCGAAGACAGCCCAACACGUGAAGCUUGAAGAAGCUCUUCUGACCUGGUUUAAGGAGGUUACUGCAGCUGGUGUGAACAUCGAUGGCAAAGUGUUGCGUGAGAAAGCCGACGAGAUCGCACUUGCUCUGCGCAUCGACGGAUUUCAGGCCUCAGGUGGGUGGCUGCACCGUUUCAAGACGAGACACGGUCUCGUUUACAAAAGCGUCUGUGGGGAAGCGAAGAAGGCUGACGAGACCGUUGUUAGCGACUGGCUCGCGAAGCUGCAGUCACUCAUCUCUGGGUAUGAGCCUCGUGAUGUUUUUAACGCAGACGAGGCUGGCCUGUUUUUUAACCUUCAGCCUGAGAAGAGCCUUUGCUUAAAAGGCGAAGCGUGCCAAGGAGGCAAGAAAAGCAAAGAGCGAAUAACGGUGCUUUUGUGCUGUAACGCCGACGGGUCGGAGAAACUUAAGCUGACGGUAAUUGGCAAAUCCCAAAAGCCUCGGUGUUUCAAGCGCGAGAGCCAUUUGCCGUGCGUCUAUCGCGCAAACAAAAAGGCGUGGAUGACGGCGGCCCUGUUCGAAGAAUUUCUGUCGCUCCUUGACAGAAGGAUGGCCUGCAAGAAUCGGAAGAUUGUUUUGAUUCUUGACCAGUGCGCCGCCCACCCGAGGCAAGUAACGCUCCAAAACGUCAAACUGAUCUUUUUGCCCGCGAACACGACGACGCACCUGCAACCGCUUGACGCUGGAAUAAUAAAAAACCUCAAGCAUCAUUUCAAGGGCCUUCUUGUGCGCCGCCUACUUGCCAAUAUUGACAGAAAACACGAAGGCGACCUGCGAAUAAGCCUCCUGGACGCCAUCCAUUUUAUCGCUAUGGCUUGGGAUCGAGUAACGCCGACUACCAUAGCAAACUGCUUUGCGAAAUGCGGCUUCUUCAGGAGUUCCGAAGAGGUGCCCUCAGAGCAGGAAGAGCCAAUUGAGGGUUGGGAACUGCUUGAUGCUGGGUGUACAGCUGAAGACUUCUGCACGGCGGAUGACAACCUCGCCACUUGUGGUGCGCGCACGGUGGAGGAUAUUGUUGAGGAGGCCACAUGCGAGGUUGCCGAUUCCAGCGAUGAUGGCGACAACAUAGACGAGGGCGAUGGUGAAGGACCACCACCGGCGGCUGAAACGCUGCACGCGCUCGACGUCCUGAGGCGUGCUGUGGCCGCUGAUGAAAUCAGCGACGACACGUGCACGCGUUUUUACGGAUUUCAAAGAAGUCUGCUGAGUGACUUCGCGAAAAAAAAGAAGCAGAAAGACAUUAGAGAUUUUUUCUGCAAGAAAUAAAUGUUUUUUUUAUGUGUUCCUAAAAAUGAGUUUGCCUCUGACUGUUAAUUUAGCUAGUUUUACAUGUGUUUCGGUGAUACGAAUUUCGGCUAAUACGAAUAUUUUUCGUGACCCCGCGGGAUUCGUAUCAUCGAGAUUCUACUGUACACAAACUUGCUGGCCCUUCUGCUAUGCUAUGCCCUCUCCAGCAUUUCACGCCUUGUUAAUUUUACUGGCAAUUGCUCUUGAAUUUUUGUGGGCAAUCUUGCCACAG